AUGCUAAAUUUAAAAGAAAGUCAAGAUUGCAAAAAAGGGAAAAAGCUCGAUUCAGCUACUUUGAUGCAAAUAAUUUGCUUUUUUUUAUUGUUGGUAAAUCAUAAUUUAAAUGGAAUGACAUAAUAUUCAGAAGUAAGCAUAUUUUAAGCUGAUCAAUUUCGAAUACCAGAAGAACAUUCAAUUGUAGAUGAAUAUAUUAAUUUCGGUGACACUAAUAACUUUGCAUUUUCUGAUAUUGAUUUCGAGAUGAAUAAAUGGUUACCUAUUGGUAUUUAUAACCAUAUUAUUAAGAUAAGAAUUCUCAUUUAUUGAUAAUAUGGAAAUGGAAGAUUAAUUUACUACAGGGCAAUAAUAAACAUAAUAAUUCAAACCAAUUUCAAUGUAAUAAUAAUAUGACAUUUUAUUUGAAUUUAAGAGUUCAAUCAAAAGUAAAGUAAUUGGAGGUUCUGAUUUGUUUUCUAAAAUAUUAGAAUACGCCAAUAAAUACUAAUUGAAUAAAUUUAAGUCAAGUAUAUAUCUUUAAAUUAUAUAAGUUCCUAAAAUUAAUGAUAAAAACUAAAAAAAAAUUAAUCAUUCAAUUAGAAUUAAAGGAAAUAAAUAGCAUAAAUUUAUGAUCUCUAAAUUAGAAUCAUGGGAUGUUCAUCUAAAAUCAAUUCGAACACAUUUUAUGCAAAAAAUCUUUAAUAAACUCUGGAAAGUACCAACUUAAUAAAUACUUAAAGCUCAUUGCUUUUCAGGUAAAAAUAGUUAAUAAAAUAAAAUUCAUAUAAUAGUUUAUCUAUAAAAUGAGAUUGAGCAAAUUGAAAAACAAUAUUCUGAUUUCUAACUUAAAUAAGAAAUUUACUAAAAUAUAAUCCAAAGAAUCAUUUUCUGUUUGGAUUUAGCAACUUAAUUAAAUAAUCAGGCAGACGAUCUUAUUUUUGAUAUUCUAUUUAAAGGAUUUAUAGCAGAAUUAUUUCAUUAUUGA